AUGGGUGAACUUUUCACAUUCAUCCAAGGAAGAGGAUAUCACAAAAUUUUAUAUCAAGGUAUUAAUAAAGAAUUGGUGCCUUAAGCAGAUAAGCACAGCGACUUUUUAAACGGUAUUGCCUUAGCAUUUACGGAAUUGAAUUAUAAGAAAUUCCUCCCAAGCUUGUCUGUAGAGCAGAUUAGAAGAGUCAAAUUGGAGAAAGCAACAUGA